AUGGAUGUGGCCAUCACGACGGAAGGCUAUGCUGCAUUUCAGGAGGACAGUUCCGGUGACGAAGCUGAAAGCCCUUCAAAGUUGAAGCGGUCCAAGGGAAUACAUGUCUUCAAGAAACCCAGCUUUUCCAAAAAAAAGGAAAAGGAUUUUAAAAUAAAAGAGAAACCCAAAGAUGAAAAACACAAGGAAGAGAAGCAUAAGGAAGAGAAGCAUAAGGAGAAGAAGUCAAAAGACUUAACGGCAGCAGAUGUUGUAAAACAGUGGAAAGAGAAGAAGAAAAAGAAAAAGCCAAUUCAGGAGACAGAGAUACCUCAAGUGGAUGUUCCAAGUCAUAGGCCCGUGUUUGGCGUUCCCUUGGCCGACGCGGUGGACAGGACCAUGAUGUACGAUGGCAUCCGCCUGCCAGCAGUUUUCCGUGAAUGUAUAGAUUACGUAGAGAAGUAUGGCAUGAAAUGCGAAGGCAUCUACAGAGUUUCAGGAAUAAAAUCAAAAGUUGAUGAGCUAAAAGCAGCCUAUGACCGAGAAGAAUCUCCCAACCUGGAAGAAUACGAGCCAAAUACAGUAGCCAGCUUGCUGAAACAGUACCUGCGAGAACUGCCAGAAAACUUGCUUACCAAAGAGCUCACGCCCCGCUUCGAAGACGCUUGCGGAAAGAGCACGGAGGCUGAGAAAGUUCAGGAGUGCCAGAGGUUGCUGAAAGAGUUGCCGGAGUGUAACCACCUCCUCAUUUCUUGGCUGGUUGUGCACAUGGACCACGUUAUCGCGAAGGAGCUGGAAACAAAAAUGAACAUCCAGAAUAUCUCCAUAGUGCUCAGCCCUACUGUCCAGAUCAGCAACCGUGUCCUGUACGUGUUUUUUACGCACGUCCAAGAGUUCUUUGGGAAUGUGACCCUCAAGCCGGUGACAAAACCUCUCCGCUGGUCAAACAUGGCGACGAUGCCAGCACUUCCAGAAACGCAAGAAAGCAUCAAAGAAGAAAUCAGGCGACAGGAGUUCCUACUGAACUGUUUACACAGAGACUUGCAGGCAGGGAUAAAAGACUUAUCCAAAGAAGAGAGACUCUGGGAGGUGCAAAGAAUUUUAACAGCUCUGAAGAGGAAACUAAGAGAAGCAAAGAGACAGGAGUGCGAGACCAAGAUUGCCCAGGAAAUCGCGAGCCUUUCGAAGGAGGACGUCUCCAAAGAAGAGAUGAAUGAGAACGAAGAAGUCAUCAACAUUCUGCUUGCCCAGGAGAAUGAGAUUUUAACGGAACAAGAAGAACUGCUGGCCAUGGAGCAGUUUCUGCGGAGACAGAUUGCCUCAGAGAAGGAAGAAAUAGAUCGCCUUCGAGCAGAAAUAGCGGAAAUACAGAGUCGCCAGCAGCACGGCCGCAGCGAGACCGAGGAGUAUUCCUCUGAGAGUGAAAGCGAGAGCGAAGACGAGGAGGAGCUGCAGGUCAUCCUGGAAGAUUUGCAGAGGCAGAACGAGGAGCUGGAGAUCAAGAACAAUCACCUGAACCAGGCGAUUCACGAGGAGCGAGAGGCCAUCAUCGAACUGCGGGUGCAGCUCCGGCUGCUGCAGCGAGCCAAAUCGGAGCAGCAGGUGCAGGAAGAGGAGGGGCAGGAGAAGCGCGGGGGCGUGCCGCAGCAGCAGAGAGACACUGUCCCAGAGACGAAAGCAGCCAAAGAGCAGCCAAAAGCCAGCAAGGAGCAGCAAGUCAAGCCAUCGCCGAGUAAAGACCGGAAAGAAACUCCCAUUUGAUCAGGCUCCUUGGAUAUGCAUAAAGUCGACCGAACUGUGCAAAUUACUGUAAUUUGGGUCACACUGCACAAAUCAUUGCUGGCUGUGUACAU